ACAUGAAAAGAAUUUAAAAAAUGUUGUCUUGUCUGGUACGAGUAUAUAUUAUGUACUGGGACCAAGGGAAUCCACCUCCAGUAAACCAAUUUUUUCUGCGCAAAAAAAAACUAAAAUCCAACACAAAAACUGUUUCUGUAAGGCGUGCUUUGUUUGAUCAUUCUCUCUCAAUCUUUCUCUCUCUAUAUUUUACUCGUACAAUGCAAAGAUAAAGCAAAAAAGUGUUGUUUGUACAGAUACCCACACUACUAAAGUUUUUUGCAACAUUUUCUUCUUAUAAACCCACCUUACAAAUUAUUCUUUCCAUUGUUUUUAUCUUUUUGUAAUUUUUUUUCUGGGUUUUCUGAAUUAUUUUCUGGGUUUUUGCAAAAUUUGGUUCAUCCUUAAGGUCAGUUCUUCCAUGCCAAAAGGGUUAAUUAGUAAUUUCCUAGACUGAUAUUUUUUUUUUUGGUUCUUGUUUGUUUUUAGUCAAAAAGUUGGUUGGAAUUUUCUUUUAUUUGGUUUGUUGGUUGAAAAUUUUAAUGGGUUUGGUUGAAACUUGUAUGAUCAGCUGAAAUUCUGGGUAAUUUACAUAAAUUACAGAUUUUUAUUUGUAUUUUUUUUUAUCAUAAUCAGAAAACUGGGUUUCUGAGUUUUUUUUUUUUGGUAGUGAAAUUAUGUCUGAAGUAAAAGUUAGUAAAGGUGGAACAAAGAUCAGAAAUGUACCAAUUGCUGUAACUCCAGAAGGUUUCUGGUGUUGUCCUUCACCUGUUGUAUUCCAAAAAAAUCUCAAAACACAACAUCCAUUGAACAAAUCAAAACCACCACCAAAUCCAUCUUCCCCAACACUACCAAGCAGUGGCGAAUCAAUAAAAAAGAAACCGACAACAAACUCACACGAAAGAAAACCGUCUUCGCCAAGCCGGGCGAAGAUGGUCCCUUCAGAUGAUCAUAAGAGUACCAAUGAUAGUACUACCCCUGCCUCUAAUGUGGCAGAGGGAGUUGUUGAGAGAACAACACAUAGGAAUAAGAGUGAGAGUUUGCCUAAAAAGGUUUCAAUUGAGUUUGGUGAAUCAGGGACUAGUGAUAUGAAGGUUGUGUUGUAUGGGAAGCAUGGAUUUUCGGUUAAAUUGAAUGUUCAUAAGGAUGUUCUUGUGGAAAAUAGUAGUUUUUUUGCUGAGAGAUUGGCUGAGCAAGAGUCUGAUGUUGCAUCACUUCAGAUUUUGGAAUGUGAAGAUGUUGAAAUUUAUGUUGAGUGUGUUGGUUUGAUGUAUUCUAAGGAUAUGAAGCAAAGGCUACUUAAGCAAAGUGUUCAACGAGUGCUUCGUGUUCUUAAGGUUGCAGAGGUAAUUGGUUUUAGCUCGUGUAUCAAGGCGUGUUUAGAUUACCUGGAAGCUGCCCCUUGGGUUGGGGAGGAGGAAGAGGAGAAAGUGGUGUCUUCAGUUCUGAGACUUCAGAGUGAGGGUGUUGGUGUAAAUCCUGUCCUGAAACGAGUCUCUUCGCAAAUCUCAAGACCUCCAAAAGACACACUAUCUCAAAUUGUGGAACUUGUUCUAAAGAGUAAUGAAGAGAGAGGUCGGCGUGAAAUGAAGUCCGUUGUUCUUAAACUUCUUAGGGAGAAUAACAGCAGCUCAGAUUGUGAUAGCUCACCUGAUAUCUGUUAUGAAACAAUUUAUGCUUCAUGCAGAAGCUGCUUAGAUUCAUUAUUAUCCCAUUUCAAGCGGGCAACCGGUCCUGAGUUUAGUGACCGGCCAAUGGACAAUCAGGAUCCUACCGCCAAGCAAAUUGCUCUAGAAGCAGACAACCUUGCCUGGUUGCUGGAUAUUUUGGCUGAAAGACAGUUAGCUGACGAGUUUGCCCUCAUGUGGGUGUGCCAACAGGAGCUAGCAGGCUUACAUCAUAAGCUUCCUGCUAUGACUCGCUACCAUGUUAGCUGCAUAACAGCAAGGUUGUUUGUUGGGAUUGGCAGGGGGGAGCUGCUACCAUCUAAAGAUACCCGGCAUAUGCUAUUGCAAACGUGGUUGGAGCCAUUGACCAAUGACUACAGCUGGUUGAAUCAUGGGUGCAGAUCAUUUGAUCGGAAGGUGGUGGAGGAAGGGAUUGGGAGGACAAUCUUGACUUUACCCCUUGAGGAACAGCAGAGUAUUCUGCUCUCUUGGUUGAGCAAUUUCCUAAAAUCGGGUGAUAAUUGCCCGAAUCUUCAAAGAGCAUUUGAGGUUUGGUGGCGGAGGACCUUCAUUAGGCCAUAUGCUGAGCCACGAGUAAAUCAAGGUCAGUCAGAUAACUCAAUGACUUCAUAGGGUGUAGACUAAAAUAAUUACCUCGAGAAAGUAAUUCAUACAGGUAUAUGUACAAUGCUGAUUGUGUUUAUUGUUUGAAGAGUGGUUUCUUAACUUGAAAUUUGGAGUGACAUGGUGUUGUAGUUUAUGUACCUUGACCCACCAAAUUGUUGGGAUGAGGAUGCUAUUAGGAAGUUUGAGUCCUGUGAAUCCAAUAUUGUGUUUAUAAGCUGAUAUAUAUAGCUGUGGUUAUCUUCAUGAUAUCAGAAUUGGUGAAUAAAAAUGUUAACCAAUUCCAAGUGAUUCCGAUUAAUAUUAGUCCUUCUUAGAAUGCUUGUA